GCCAGAAAGCAGGCCGCCGUUACCAACGCCAGAUGCUGCCGGUCUUGCUGGGCAGGGCGUGUGGAGCUGCGUUCCUUCUGGCGCUGAGCCCCUUCCAAACGGGCACGGACGGAGCUGGACAGGCCGCGAGGAUAGCACAGGGUGAAAUGGGCAGAAUGGGCAGGGCCAAGGCGUGCGGGCUGCUCGGGCAUGGCUUUGGCAGAAGGGGUUGGUAGGGUCUAGGGGGGAGCAUGGGGCGUGUUGGGGGGCAGCUUUCCAGGCUGGAAGAUUCUGGCAGGGCGGAAGGGGUCUUGCGGCAGACAGGUGGGAUAUAAAGGCCAGGCCUUGUGACCUCGGCAGGCAGAAGUGGGGGGGGAGCCGACUCCCCAGCGAGUCCUUGCACAUCGGGGGUCCGCAGUUCCAGAGGGAGGUCGAGGGGUCUAGCAAUCGGAUACAGGAGGCUGCAAAGGGGUCCCUGAGAAGGACUUUGUAGGAGCCGAGAUUAUGCUAACUCCAGCGGCUCCUCCGGGCCCCCAAGCCAACGCAGGGCUGAGCCCCGAGCCCCACCGAUACACCUCCCUUCUUGGGGCCCUCUGGGUGGGCGGGGGCGCCGUGGGGGUGGGGGUGGUCGCCUGCCUGCUGGCCGUCUUCUGUGUCCAUCACCACCUGGAAGUCCUGCGGGGGGAACUCUCUCAGCUGAGGGAAGAGCUGCGGUCCCAGACCCGUGGAGACAGAAGACCCCUCAGAACCCCCCAGGGGGGUGAGGAUCUUCUGGCUGCCUGGCCUCUGCAGGAGAGGUCUCCCACACUCCGGGAAAGGUGGAAGAGGGACUUGAAGAACGGCCCCCGUGAGCCCACCUGCCCAUGCAGAAAACAGUCCCUGCUGCAUUUGGUUCCCGUCCGCCAGUCCAGUAGCAGUGAGUAUGGGUGCCCUCUGCCAAAGGGCAGGAAAGGGUUAUUUAUUCUUGUGAAGGUCUACAGCAGCUUCAGUGUACACGCGCAGCAGGGCUGGCGUUAUGUUGGAGUGCACAAGUUAAUCUGGUUCCUCAAGUGGCAGAGCGGGGAAUCAAACCCAGUUCUCCAGAUUAGAGUGCCCCUGCUCUUAACCACGACGCCACGCUGGCUGUCUAGGAGAGGCCCACGUGGACCAACGCACCUCCCUCUCCGCUUCCCAGCAAAGAAGCAAGGGCAGAGCGGCAUCAUUUCCUGCAUCGCCUUCAGCCCCACCCAGCCGGUCUACGCCUGCGCCUCCUACUCGAAGACUGUUGGCCUCUACUCUCGAGCAGAAGGGGACCCCUUGGCUUUGCUCCACGGGCACCGAGGAGGAGUCACUCAUGCCCAGUUCUCCCCUGAGGGCUUCCAUCUAUACACUGGUGGCCGCAAGGACUCAGAGAUCCUCUGCUGGGACCUGCGGCAGCCCGGUGAAGUCCUCUUCUCCAUGUGCCGAACGGUGGCCACCAACCAGAGACUCUACUUCGACUUGGAUCUGAGUGGGAGAUACCUGGUGAGCGGAGGCACGGAAGGACUGAUCACCGUCUGGGAUACCUCCCAGCCGCCCAGCAGCGGCCCCCGCCCGGUCCUGCAGCCCGUCCUCCAGUUCCAGGCCCUACAGGACUGCAUCAAUGGUGUCAGCCUCCACCCCAGUCUGCCUAUUCUGGCCACAGCCUCCGGCCAGCGCAUAUUUCCUGACCCGUGGGACAGCGGAGACGAGGAGGAGGCCCAUCUGCCCGAUUCCCCCCAGGCCUGCCGGAGCAACUCCCUCUCGCUGUGGCUCUGCUCCUCAGCUACCGGAGCCGAUUUGCCCUAGACCAGUGGUGGCAAACCUAUGGCACUCCAGAUGUUCAUGGACUACAGUUCCCAUCAGCCCCCCCAUUCUGGCAGGGGCUGAUGGGAAUUGUAGUCCACAAACAUCUGGAGUGCCAUAGGUUCGCCACCACGGCCCUAGUCUGUCGAGGGAACGGCUGCUUCUCAAUGCAGAUCAUUGGAGUCUCGAGACCUUCUCGGGAGUCCGUGAGGCAAUGCUGCGCACGGUGUUGUGUAGUGCGGUUGAGCGUCCCCAGCAAGGUUGGUUGGGGCCUGUGGGAAUGUGUGUGUGUGUGUGUGUUCGUGGAGUUUGUAUCAAACAAAGAGAGCGUGGGAAAGCAGAAAUGAUUGUGUCAAGUACCAUAAUUUGGUUUGUUGACCUUUUGUGGCACAGAUGGGCGUGUCUGUUGUGAUAGGCACACCCCACCAGGACGGGAGCAGGAAAGCCGUAGGACUGUUGUAUUUCAGGAGGAAUUAUGCCCGAGGGGGGUCGACGGCAGCCCCUUCCUCCAAUGGCAGCUCCCAUCUUCCGGAUUUGUGGCACCCCCUCACUCCUUUCCUGGUUUAGAGAAAAAUCUUCCAGAUUUGUGGCACCCCCCCCCCUUUCUCUCUGACUUGAAUCACGUGUCGAUGCUUGCCCCCCAGAGCCCCCACUGGAAAGAACUCUGGCUGUCCGGGUGAGGGCGGGGCAGAUAGUGAAUUGGGAUCUGCGUGGGGCAUUCUGGAAGGGGGUAGCAAGAGUGUGUGUGUGUGAGACCCCCCACGGGUGGAGCGGAGGGUCCUUUUUAAACAAAAAACCCCAACAUGAAAUGAAAGGUAAAUUGGUUCUUUCGGGGGGGGGGGGGGUUAGUGGGUCUUUUCUUCUCUGCUGUGUGAAUUGUUUUCUAUUUGACUGUCUGGCUGGACAGAUGAAUUAUUGUGACGGAGUCUGGCAGGGGAGGGCUUUUGUGGGAGGGGGGAGUCUUCCGAAUAUUACUCUUCAGUACCUUGUUUUUUGUUUUGUAGAGAGUACAACCUUUUGGCAAUCAGUCAACGUUACAGAUGUUUAAUAAAAAUUUAUAAAUAUUGCA